AUGGAUGAUACCUUGGGAAAAACCAUAAUAAGGUCAAGGAAGAAGAAAGGCAAAACCCAAGGCGAUGGAGGCAGCAUGGGCAUGGAGGGUGACACCAGUGAAGCGAGCAAGGCAAUGGGCAAGAAAGCAAUGGGCAUGGGGGACGCUAGGCAUGGUGGUGCUGGGCACCGGCGACGCAAUGCUAGAAUGGUGCCGAGUGUUGGUGCUGGUGCUGGCAAUGCUGGGCGACGAUUCCAGUAUGUUGCAUAG